AUGUGCACAAUCGCCUAUUCCAACUCCAUUUUCCAUCAAAACCAACUGACUCCUGCCUACUCUCGCCGAGCUACAGUCAAAAAACUCCGCCCUCUCUCUUCAACUCUCAUUUUCGAGCAACCAGAAAUCAAGGAAGAUAACAAAUUUCACGAUGAAAAUGAUGCUGAUCUUUUCGAUGUCGAGACCGACUGGAUAAGCCAUGCAAAAUGGGAAGAAGCUAAAGCCGGGCUCAAGAAACAUGUCUGUCUUUCCUGUGGCAAGAGAUUUUCGAACAAAACGAUGAAGAGAAUUCACGGGGUUUUGAAGCACAAAUCUUCUCUGUAA